AUGGCUGUACUCGUAUCAAGACUUGGGUUCCGAAUGGGCAUUUCAAAUUUGGAACGAGCAGCUGCUGUUUUAACCACAAGUGCAUCUAGUCGUAGCAAGCCACUUCACACUCAAUCCACCUGCAAUGGAACGGUGUGCUACUUACAAACAUUCCAAGACGCGAAGGACGUUGAUGCUGAGCGUAUAAGAGGUCUUCGGAGCUACAGCAAGCAAUAUGGUAGACCAGAAGAGGAUAGAAGGAAACAGGACAACGAUAGUGACUCAGACUCCGAUACUGAGAGCAAGGGGUUCGAGAGGUCAGAAUUUUGGCGCCGCAAAAUGCGUACAGUUCACAACAUUCUAGACGUAGACAAAGACGGACUCAUCUCAUGCAACGAUUUCGUUCUCUUUUCCGAACGAUUCAAGUCGCUCGGUAACUUGGAUGAUAAGCAGGCGAAGGAAUUCACACAUAUAAUCAAGUUGACAUGGGAGGAGCAAUGGGGAGCAAUAGACCCUUACAACUAUGUGACGGUGGAGCAGUAUUUAGAUGAUAUGCAUCACGUCCUCAAUGACAAAACGCUCAAGAAGCGCGCACAUCGGUGGUUGCCCUAUCUUUUUAAGGCUGUCGAUAAGGAUCAAUCUGGGUACAUAUCUGUACACGAGUUCAAAUUGUUCUUCCAAUGUCUUGGUCUGAGCAAUGAACACGCGGCCGUCGCCUUCGCUGUCAUCGAUACGAAUGGGACAGGGCUAAUAGCUAGGGAAGGGUCCAGUACUUACGGGGAUGGUAAUCCAUCCCUCCUUUUGAAAGCAUGGCAGCUUGGGCACUUUUUAGGUGGCGAGGAUUUGGUGAGCGUGUCGGGCUGCGGGUUCUUUCCCUGUCGCUGA